GUCGAAGCCAUCAAGGCCAAGCGUUCCGAGAUUGACGCCCGUCUGAGGGAGCAAGCAAGAUAAAGCGAGAUGCAAGUCUAUUUCAGCGGACAAAUUCGCUCCAGUACCAUGCUCCUCUGACAAUGCCUUCGAUGAUCUCGCCAGCCAGCUAUGUAGACGGUCAGUACGAUCUCCGCCUGGACGCUGCCCGGGAGCAAUGCCAUGCGCCAGCUGACUGGCAAGACCUUGGCGAACGUAACGGAUGUAACACGUUCAAGAGCUACCUUCCAGGCCUCGAAGCGCCUUUCCUCAAGGGCGAAACGGUUGUAUCCGGCGUCUCACCCGAAGCUGUGCUGGCGACCUUGCUCGAUGGUACAUGUCGCGCCGCGUGGGACGAGUUCUGCGGCAGCGCGACAAUUACUCAUCGCUUUGCACCGGAUACCUUUGCUUUCUACGUGGCUGGUCGCAGCCCCAUUCCUCUGAUCUCCGCUCGCGAUGUUGGCGCGGUCGCUAAAAUCUACCGCGGUGGCGAUACAAUCGAGCUUGUCCAGACGAGUAUUGACGGCCUUCACCCUGCUCAGAAAGGUUUCGUUCGCGCUACUGUGCAAGCCAGCUGGACCCUUGCUCCUUCGGGAUACGACACAAAGAUCGUGAUGAUCCUGCAUUCGCUGCCGAAUGGCAAGAUCCCGGUCUCAAUUCUCGAGCGCGGUGCAUCCAUCGCCGCUGCUGCGCCCGGCCAUCUUCGUGACUUCAUUUGCAAACACGGCACUGUACCCUUUAUGAUCGGCAGGCCAGACGGACUCGUCAACCGGGGUACCGAGACAAAUCUGAAGAAGAGCCUGUGGUCUCAGACCGUUACCGCUGCUCAAGGCAAGAUCACCAUCGCCUUUGAUAGCGAGAAGAUGUACAAGGCAGGCGUGAUGGUCGUGCUCUCGGGUGAAGGCGCCCAUGGAGCGGCGACGGCAGUCGACAAUGACCGCGUGACGAUAGUAUCACCAGCGUGCUGCGACGGCCUCUCGAUGACCAUCAACCUGUCUCCAAAACGUGCGUAGACGUGUACAGUGACGAGCAAUGCAUGGCAUGGACAUUGGAUGUCAUUGAUGUUCUAUCCGUGGAACGUUGCUGAACGCGCUCGAGAGUCUUCCGAGACCGACACGGCGAAGCUGUCUCACUUUGCGUAUACCAAGCACAGCGACAAGCCCAGAUAGUCCGAUGGCGCCGGCAAAGACGAGGCCGAAAGCACGGGGAUCGCUUUCCAGACCUGUCGCCAGAUUCAUGCCAAGGGCGCCUGUAAUGAGUGCGCCACUGCCCAGGCCCAUU